UUGAAAUAUUUUUGAUAUUGUCAAAUAAUGUUUUCAUUAAGUGGUAAAACUGGUAUAAUCGUCGCUGCAGCUGCAGCAUUAGUUGGUGCGGCGAGUUGGUUUAUCAGCAGGAAAUACUGGAGAGAUGAUGAAGAGGAGAUAGAAGAAGUUGUGGUUUAUGAUAAGCAAGGUAAUACAUUUUCAUUGGAAGAACUGAAAAAGAUCAAGUUGGACAAAAUCAAAAGUAACUGCAGAGGAGUUAAAUGCCAACUUAUAGGAGACUUCAUGGAAGUGCCGAACAGGGAAAUACAGGCGAUUCUUGGCAAUAAACAAUUAGAAAAUGUUUUUUAUGCUGCUGGCCCUUUUAUAUACAAGAAUGGUGGUUUGCCUGCAGUGCAUAAAGCACUGGAAGACUAUGGAGAUGUCGUGGAGCGGACCAAAUGGUAUGCAUCUGCAGUCAAGGCAGGAAUAAACCCCUAUUCGUGAGCAAACAGUGCCUGCAGUAUCUUUUGGCUUAAAUCAAAUUUUUGUUUUAUAUUUUUGAAUAAAUUAUAGAAAUUAAAACCAUUUUUUGCGUCCAUUGGUUAUCUUAUUGUUUGUUUAUUGAAUAUUCGAACUACCCACAAUUUUGGUAACAAGUAACAGUGUCGCUUGGAAACAUUCUCUCAGAACCUAAAGACAAAGUUGACAAAAAAUAAGCAGGGUUUACGAAAUGAACUGUAAUGAUUGUGAUAUUUAAAAAUAAAGGACAAAACGGCAGAGAAAU